AUGUGCUGGACCUUGCUCCUGCUGGACAGCCGCAUACAUACGAGCCUCUUAGCUGUAAAUGCCCGACGAUGGCUCGCAAGUUGGUCAAGCGAAACUCAUCGGGGACAGAAGCACCAUGAUCGCGAUGUUGUAGCGCGUUCUAGGCGUCAAAUUCAGCUCACCUCGGCAGAGGUCCACAUUAGACGAGACAAGGACUGCAUGCCGGCGCAGGUUACUUCGCCACGUGGGCCGAGUCCCGCAUUUGUGCAAGUGGUGAUCUUAUCUUCGAGCGGAAACAUCGCAGCAAAGGUCCCAGCUCUGCUGAGGCCACAGAUUCCCUGA